CCCCUUUUCGCGCAUAGCAAGUGGGCAGGCUCGUUGUGUCGCUUGUGAAAUUAACGAAAAAGUACACUUUGUGCAAAACUAAAACUAACCGAGAGAUUCGCAUCAUCUGGUGAUCUUGGAAUGUCUGGUGGUCCGUCCAUAACGCUCAAAAGCCAACCAAUCGAUGGUAACAACACUGGGAACGCUGCGGCGCAGCAGCAGCAGCAGCAAAGUGCGAAUGGCGCAGCAUCUUCGGGGGCGCCUGGAGCACCUGGCUCCGCCCAGAAUCCAGGAGGAGGCGGUGGAGCAGUAGGCGGCGGCAGUGUCCCGGCGGAGGGUUCGCGCCAGAACAGCCUGCAGCGGAUCCAGCAGCGGAAGCAGAAGGUCUUCAAUCUUCCCGUGCCCCAGAAACUGGCCAAACUCUCGAUGUACUCCGCCUGCCAGUCGGAAGGAUGCCGCUGCACCGGCUGGAAGACGCCGCAAGAGAACCGCCACCGCGACGUGGAGUCCUCCUACUGUCCGGAGUUCAACGAGGAGUGCAGGAAUGCCAGCUGCCGUCACUCCCUGCGGAUGCACAUAGCCCAUUUGGACAAUAUUUCGAGCUCCAGCAUGGACGAGCUGCUGGGCGCCAUCAUAGACAUGGAAAACCUGUUCAUGUCCAUGCAGCGCGUCGAGGACGAGGACACCAAGAAGGUGUAUCUCUACCUCUUCCGCCUGCUGCGCCAGUGCGUCCUCACGCGCCAGCAGGCGGUCAUCCGAGGUCCUCUAGGGGAUCCGCCCUUCGAGUCGCCCUGCAUCACGAAGGCGGUGCUCUCGCUGGUCUUCUACAAGUACAACCACCUCAAUCCGACUGAACUGCAAACCAUAACAGAGGUGGCCAAGACGUUCUUGAACUUCCUGAAUCACUACAACUUUGAAUCGCCAUCGACCAGAAGGGGCGAUCUCACGCAUGAGGAUGCCUCGAACUACAAGAUUAACUACACCAGGUGGUUGGUUUUCUGCCACGUGCCCGCCUUCUGUAACUCCCUGCGCCAAUUCGAAACUUCCUUGGUCUUUGGACGCACCCUCCUGCGCACCGUGUUCCAGUACAUGUCGCAGCAGCUCAAGAAGAAGUGCAUCCUGGAGAGGGAUCGGUUUCCCGAGGACAAGCGCUCGAUCAUCGCCCAAAUGCCCAAGUUUUUGGAGGCCCUUCGCGCCGAACUGCUGAAGGAUGACUCGCCCAUUUGGGAUCCCAACUACCGGCCACCGAACUCGUUCGUCAUCCAGCAGAGAAAGCGUCAUCAAGAGGUGGCGCCCGUGGCACCAAGUGCUGGCCUAGCACCCAUAGGCGGCGCCAAGCGGUCGAGUGUGGGAGAACCGCUCCAGAAGAGAAUCAAAAAGGAACCCACUGAUCGAUCCAGCAGUGAGAACUUGGACGAUUUGCCAACGGAUGUGGUGAUGCGCGCCAUGAAAUCGGUGUCGGAGUCAAAAACCACCAACAAGGCAGAGAUACUCUUUCCGGUAAAUGUUUCCCGCGAUGAGAAUGUAAAGGCGGAGGAGCAAAAGCGGGCCAUUGAGUUCCAUGUGGUGGGCAACUCGUUGACCAAACCGGUGGACAAGCAGACUGUUUUGUGGCUGCUUGGCCUGCAGCUUGUGUUUGCCUAUCAGCUUCCGGAGAUGCCGCGCGAGUACAUCAGUCAGUUGGUGUUCGACACCAAGCACAAAACGUUGGCGCUCAUCAAGGAAAACCAGCCCAUUGGCGGCAUAUGCUUUCGCCCCUUCCCAUCGCAGGGUUUCACUGAGAUCGUUUUCUGCGCGGUCACAAUGUCCGAACAAGUGAAGGGCUAUGGAACGCACUUGAUGAAUCACCUGAAGGACUACAGCAUCCAGCGGGGCAUCAAGCAUCUGCUCACGUUUGCCGAUUGCGAUGCCAUUGGAUACUUUAAAAAGCAGGGCUUCUCCAAGGACAUCAAGUUGGCGCGACCCGUUUAUGCGGGUUACAUCAAGGAGUACGACAGCGCCACUUUGAUGCACUGCGAACUGCAUCCGAGUAUAGUCAACACGCAGUUUAUUGCUGUGAUUCGCAAUCAGAGCGAAAUUCUGAAGGAGCUGAUAGCACAACGCCACAACGAUGUGCAGAAAGUCAGACCCGGUUUGACGUGCUUCAAGGAGGGCCUGCCCUCGAUUCCCGUGGAGUCCAUUCCCGGGCUGCGAGAAAUCGGUUGGAAGCCGCAAAUGCGCCCGGCAAGGUCUGCCCGUCCCCUGGAGGAAUCGUCCGAUCCGGAGAAGCUGGCCACUUCGUUUGCCUCCGUUCUGCAGUCCGUGCGUCAACACACCACCGCAUGGCCCUUCCUGCGUCCGGUGACUGCUGCCGAAGUGCCGGACUACUACGACCAUAUCAAGUAUCCCAUGGACCUGAAAACUAUGGGGGAUCGACUGAAGAAGGGCUACUACCAAACGCGCCGCCUCUUCAUGGCCGACAUGGCUCGCAUCUUCUCCAACUGUCGGUUCUACAACUCACCCGACACUGAGUAUUAUCGGUGUGCCAACUCCCUGGAGCGCUAUUUCCAGACCAAAAUGCGCGAGCUGGGACUGUGGGACAAAUGAUGCAGUGACUCUGAGGAGCCUUGUAUAAAACCGAAUAUUUAAUCUUCACUAACGGAGAACGUUACUUCUAUUUAUUUUAGAAUUUUCUGCGACAAAAGACAAAAGUGAACAAAAUUGAUAAUAUGCAUUAAGCUUUUUCUAGAACCUAUCGCCUUGUCUUGUUCAUUUAGACGGGCUAAUUUAAGUUGUCUUUAGGAAAAAUAAAUCAGAACUUUCACCUA